AUGGCUGGAACCCCCCCCGCGCAGCGCACUCGGGCUCAAUGGACAAGCCCGGUGCCAAGCUUCCUCACCGACAACCGAAACACCGACCGAAACACCGAGCUAAGCCACAAAGAUGCGCUUACAGCAGCGCAAGCCGAGCACGACCGUGUACGAGAAGCCGCGAUCCGGGUCUACCACUCGUAUGAGCUGCAAGAAGAAACAAAGCGGUUACAAGAGCAACAGAGGACGAUCCGUGAACAGCAGCGGGCCGAGGAGCAGCGGAUUAGGCAGGAGGAACAGCUUCGAGCUGAGCAGGAGCGGUUACGAGCCUUGAAAGCAAAGACAGUACCACCGCUCCCUCCACAGCCAGAUCCGCCAGCACCAGCGCCGGCACCCCCAGCUGCAGCGAAGCCCGCAGCGCCGCCGCCGUCUGCACAGGCUGAACCACCAAAGGCAGCCUCCGCGGCCCCAGUCACGUCCCAACCUCACAAGGAAGAGCCGCAAGCAACUGCAGUGGUACCUGCGAACAACACGUCCGGCCUGAAUGGAGUGGCGAGUAUCGUGAAACAACCCGCUUCAGGCUUGAAGGAGGCAGCAGGUUCAAAUCCCUUCAACACGACUACAAAUUCGCCAUUCACUCAACCGAAGCCCAAUCCGUUUGGCGGCGCAUCCAAACCUCAAGCGCUCCAGACCAAUGGCACUCUGACAACCGCAGCUGCUGCUCGACCUGCGCAGGUGGCGCAACCAGCAGCGCCCGACCGAUAUGUCACCAUACACCAGAACCUAAAGAAACUGCGGGCGUCCAUCGCACAGCAGGCGAAAGCGUCUCCUGCACUCAAGACGCGCCUAGGAGACAUGCGUAGGGAGUUGAGGAAGAAUAUGGGUCAACUGGUCAGUGGGAAGGGAGGAAACAAGACACAGGUUGCCGCGAUCCAGAACAUUCUGAAAGAGUCCCUAGCCGGCUCGGUGCCUAGCGAACUGGUAGAUCCACACGACUACAUCACCGACCGCAGGGAACCGGUACAAGGAGCGCAGUGGAACGAGCCGCAGUUGCCGUCACUCUUCCUCUAUCUUCUGAAUCAAUUCUCCAAGGCUAUCAUAAACCAAUUUGUCAACGAGUGUGGCGCGCAGCCCAAAUCGGCCGAUCCCGUCGGCGUGGUUGCCGCCAUGAUCUUCUCGAAUCCCUUAUAUCUGUGGCGAGGCAAAUCUCUCGUGGACAUCCUGAUGGCCAAGUUGCGCGUAGGAUGCCCCGUGCUAUUUGGCUACCGGGGCAGCGAAAAGACAGAACAAGGCCGGCUACGACUAGGCUGGAAAAAGGACGGCCCCGGCUGGAUUCCCGAGCAGGCGCACAUUGACCGCAUGAAGGGCCUGGGCGUAGGCUACGCCGCCAUCUCGAUGCGCGACUUUUCGCGGUCAGCCAACACAAACCCCUGGCCUCCGAGAAACUACUGGACAAGCCUUGCGCGGAUCCUCAACACGCCGCCGGACGAGAUAUCCAACACGCAGUGCGUCGUGGUCCGCGCCAUGCUCGAGACGUAUGAGGAGCGCUUUAUCGGAUUUUAUGGCAGCCAGGCCAUUGCCGCCAUGCGCAAGGCACUCAUCGAGUUCCCUGCCCGAAUCCCUGCAGCGGGCAAGUCCCCCGGAGUCUUGGCCCUGCAGGUCCUGCCCGAUAUCCUAAAGCGUGAUCUCGGGAUAGAUCUGUCGUGA